GACAGCUGAUGACGACAACAACAACAACAAUAAUAAUACCUCCCAUGAGUGUUCUGUUGUUUAUCUAUUAAAUAAAUAAAACAUAUAAUAUAUUGUGUCUCCUCUAACAGUUUAAUGUUUACAUCAGCUGACGCUUCUUUGUGGUCACGUGAGCCUCAGCUGACAGCUGUAACUCAGAUGCUAACCGAAGCUAACAGAAGCUAACAGAUGCUGCGGCACUGACCAAUGGGGAGAGUCGGUUGUUCCCGGGACAGUGACGUGGUGUCCCCGGUCCAAGACAACCACCGCUAGCACCGGCCCGCGUCAGUCCGUCCGCCCGGCUCCGGGUGCAGCUGCUCGGGUUCAUCUCCGGGACUUUUGCCCUUUCUUCUUUAUCACGCUAGCCAGUUAUCCGGUUAGCAUAUGAGCUGUGUAGAUAUCCCACCGUAGAGCCACUGAGGCUAACCGGCUAGCAGGCUAAUCGACUAACCGAGUGUCCGACCGGCUGAGCGGCUGCUGCGGGCGGACACCAGCAGCGAUGGCCUCGGUCCGUGUGUCUGUCCGGGUCCGGCCCAUGAACCGGCGGGAGAAAGACUUGAGUUCAAAAUGCAUCAUCAAGAUGGAAGGAACCAAAACCUCCAUCACCAACCUGAAGAUCCCUGACGGUGUCUCUGGAGAUCCGAUGAGGGACCGGACCAAGACCUUCACGUACGACUUCUCCUACGACUCCACCGACUGUGAAAGCUCCACGUUCGUCUCUCAGGAAAAGGUCUUCACAGAUCUGGGCUCCGACGUGCUGAAGGCUGCGUUCGAGGGCUACAACGCCUGCGUCUUCGCCUACGGUCAGACCGGCUCGGGGAAGUCCUACACCAUGAUGGGAAACCCGGGGGACGCAGGUCUGAUCCCGAGGAUCUGUGAAGGUCUGUUCAGCCGCGUGCUGGCGGCGACUCGGUGGGACGUGGCGUCGUUUCGUACGGAGGUCAGUUACUUGGAGAUCUACAACGAGAGGGUGAGAGACCUGCUGAGGAGGAAGUCCACUGUGACCUUCAACCUGAGGGUCAGGGAGCAUCCCAAGGACGGGCCCUACGUGGAAGAUCUUUCCAAACACCUGGUGCAGAACUACAGCGACGUGGAGGAGCUGAUGGAGGCCGGAAACAUCCACCGCACCACCGCCAGCACCGGCAUGAACGACGUGAGCAGCCGCUCCCACGCCAUCUUCACCAUCAACUUCACGCAGGCGAAGUUCGAUGCCGAGAUGCCGAGUGAGACGGUCAGUAAGAUCCACCUGGUCGACCUGGCCGGCAGCGAGCGAGCCGACGCCACCGGAGCCACCGGCGUCCGCCUGAAGGAAGGAGGCAACAUCAACAAGUCACUGGUCACACUGGGAAACGUCAUCUCCGCUCUGGCCGACAUGGCGCAGGACGGCCUGAACACCAACCUGAAGAAGAAGUCCGUGUUCGUCCCCUACCGGGACUCGGUGCUCACGUGGCUGCUCAAAGACAGCCUGGGCGGAAACUCCAAGACCUUCAUGAUCGCCACGGUUUCCCCGGCAGACGUGAACUACGGCGAGACGCUCAGCACGCUGCGCUACGCCAACCGAGCCAAGAACAUCAUCAACAAGCCCACCGUCAACGAGGACUGCAACGUGCGGCUGAUCCGAGAGCUGCGCGCGGAGAUCGCUCGACUGAAGGCUCUGCUGGUGCAGGGCAACCAGAUCGCUCUCCUGGAUUCACCCACCGCUCUGAGCAUGGAGGAGAAGCUGCUGCAGAACGAAGCCAGAGUUCUGGAGCUGACGAAGGAGUGGACCAACAAGUGGAACGAGACCCAGAACAUCCUGAAGGAGGAGACCCUGGCUCUGAGGAAAGAGGGCAUCGGCGUGGUGCUGGACUCGGAGCUGCCUCAUCUCAUCGGCAUCGACGACGACCUCCUCAGCACCGGGAUCAUCCUGUAUCAUCUGAAGGAGGGACGGACAUACGUGGGCAGAGAGGACGCGUCCACAGAGCCGGACAUCAUCCUUCACGGUCUGGACCUGGAGAGUGAACACUGCAUGUUUGAGAAUCAGAACGGCACGGUGACCCUGGUGCCGCUCGGUGGAGCUCAGUGCUCUGUGAACGGGGUUCAGGUGACGGAGCCGUCGCAGCUCAACCAAGGCGCCGUUCUUCUGCUCGGCAGGACAAACAUGUUCCGGUUCAACCAUCCGAAGGAGGCGGCGAAGCUGAGGGAGAAACGAAAGAGCGGCCUGCUCUCCACCUUCAGCCUGUCGAUGACGGAUCUGUCCAGGUCGUGUGAGAACCUGUCGACUGUGAUGCUCUACAACCCCGGGCUGGAGUUUGAGAGGCAGCAGCGAGAGGAGCUGGAGAAACUGGAGCUCAAACGGAGGUUGAUCAAGGAGAUGGAGGAGAAGCAGCAGAGUGAGAAGGUGGAGCUUGAGCGCCUCCAGCAGGAGGUGGAGAGCCAACGCAAAGAGUCUGAGGAGGUGCAGCAGAGAAUUCUGCGUCAGGAGGAGAGCCUCCGCUGCCGGAGCCAUGACAUCGAGAGCCGCCUGCGUGACUUCCUGGUGGAGAAGGAGCGCUUUGAGGAGGAGCGACGCUCGGAGCUCCAGGAGGAGGAGCUCCAGUGGCAGCAGCGGGGAAACCAGCUGGCGGGUGAAGCGGUGGAGGAGCGGGAUGAGGAGCAGCGGAGGCAGCAGGAGGCUGCAGAGCAGACAGAAAUCUACCGUGAGCUGAAGAGGCUGAAGCAGGAGCGUGAGGAGCAGAAGGUUCGUCUGGAAGCAGAGCGGCGGCGGCUGGAGGAGCAGGAGCAGGAGCAGCUGAGCCUGGUGGGCCGGCUGGAGGAGCAGCUGAGGGAGAAACACGAGGCGGCCACCACGUUGUCGACCAGGGAGGACGCCCACCGCAUCGAGGAGGAGCGCAGAGCACUGGCCGAGAUCAGAGGAGCGCUGCUCCGUGCCAAAGAGGCUGGAGAGCGGCAGGAUGUGGAGGAGGCCAGCGAGGAGGCGCGAUCUGCUCAGGGUCGAUACACGGUCUUCAAGGUGGCUCAGGUGAAGGAGCUGGGUCAGCUGGAGGAGGGGCUCCGGCAGCAGAGGGAGCAUCUGGAGGUGGAGGUCGCUGCUGAGAGAAACACAGUGCUGCUCCUCGCUCACGGCCUCAAGGAAAGACGGCAGCAGCCGGAGGAGGCGCAGGACACCACGGCCGACUGCCAGGAGGAGCAGCUGGUCCAGCAGGCGGAACACAGGCUGCAGCUCAAGGAGCAGCAGCUGACCAGCCUGGCAGACGACCUCCUCCCCGCGCUGGCCGAGGAGAAGCAGAGAGCCAUGGAGGUGUUGGAGCGCAGCGCCGGCAGCAACAGGAACUGCACCAGUCCACCGGGUCUGGACAACACACUGUACCAGGUGGAGAAGGAGCUGGAGGACAAGGAGGAGAAGCUGAACCUCCACUGGCACAGUGCUCAGCAGCUGCAGCAGCUCCAGGAAACCUACGAGUUCACGGCCAACGUGGCCCGGCAGGAGGAGAAGGUGAGGAGGAAGGAGAAGGAGAUCCUGGAGUCGAAGGAGAAGCAGCAGAGGGAGGCGAUGGAGCAGGCGGUGACCCGGCUGGAGAGGCGGCACUCGGCCCUGAGGCGCACCGGCUCCCUGGAGCCCGACACCGAGGAGCAGUGGAGGGGGGCGGAGCCGGAGCAGCAGAGGGUGGAGUGGGAGAUCCAGAAGCUGAGGCAGGGCUUCAGUGAGGGAGAGGAAAGCAGCAGGACUCCCUCCAUCAGCCCCGAGGAGAAGACCAGCAGCUCUCUGGUCAGUCACAUCCAGAGUCUGAACACGCUGCAGCCGCUGUCCGACGACCGGAUCAACAGCUACAUCGAGGAGGAAGUUCAGCGGCGGUUGCGUGAGAUGAACCUUCUGAACGGUGGGAUGGAUCUGUCCGAGUCCUGUGAGUCUCUCCGGGACCAGGAGGAAGCUAGCGACUGUAGCUUGGCUCCAUUCACAGACGAGGAUGAAAAGCUGCAGAACAUGAAUCCGAGGAGGCUGAAAUAUGAGAGAACGAGUGGGGGGGGGUCUAGCUUCCUGUCGGCCACGGAGCUUCAGGAGAACCCUCCUGCUGAGAUCCAGCAGAACGUAUCAGAAGAACCUGAACAGGUCCGGUCAGAGCGUCACAGAGAAGAAACCGAUCCUUCCACUGAGGUCUGGAUUGAAGAAGAGGAAGCCUACAGAGAUGGAGUCAGAGACACGGCGUGGGAACGAGCAGGGAAACCUCCCGCUGAGGUUUGUGAACUUCAGGAGCUUCUUCUGAAGCGACGCUCUCUUUCAACCUCAAUAGAAAAAGUCAAACUCCAAACGCGUGACCUGGAGAAACAUGAGGAAGCAGAACGUGAUCAGACGUCCAAGUCGCCGAGCUCUGAGGAGAAGUGGAAGCAGCCGGAGGAAGUUGAAUCAAGCAGAAGCUACGAUUUUGGAUAUUUUGUCCGGAAGCUGUCGGAGGCCUACAGAGACGCUGGCAGAAGGUUGCAGGGCACUCGGGACAUCCUCCAACACGUUGGAGUGGAGGACAUGAAGGUCGUGCUCUCUCAGUAUGUGACCAUGGUUUCCAAAGAACUGCCUCUGAUUCAUCACCUGCAGCUUCAGCCACAGCCCGAGUCCUCCAGGCAGUCACACAACGAGGUCGCCCUUCCUCAGAAAGCUUCUGUGAUCAUGGACAUCUCCAGAUGGCCGGAGGGAUCUGUGUCUUCUUUCAGAGACAGAAGUCCUGAGGCCUUUCAUCAGAGGCUGGUCCAGCUGCCUCCAGUCCUCUCCCAGCUACAGACGUCUUCAUCCCAGGAGAUACGUGACAAGGUGGCAUCUCUGUCGCCUCAGAUCCAAGUUGGCAAACUUCUGAGUAUCUUCUGGGUUAAAACGGCCAAGAGAGAGGAGCCCGUCCCGAAGCCUGGCUGCUUGCUUCUGUCAGAGAAGAUCAUGAUCGUGGUGUCAGCCGGCUCAGAUCCUCAGGACACGUUGGUUCUUUCUCACCAUCUUCAUCUCUGUGAAAUCAAGAAGGUCCAGAUCAGCUUGGCCGGGCAGCAUGUCCGCCUCAUCGGCUGCUCUGAAGGUGAGGUCCUGGCCGUCUUCACCCACAGCAAGGAGCUCACCCAGGAGUUCUGUAAGGCUUUACUGAAGGCUAUGGCUCCUGGAAGGUUCUGUGAAGGGACUGAAGGUCACCCACUGCUCUCUGAAGACCUCACGCUCCUCUCACUGGACUGGACAUCAACCGUUCCUGACCUCCUCCUGGACAACGGCCUUCAGGUCACCUCCAGGUUCAAGCGGGUCCUCGCCGACUUACUCUACAUUGUCCAGGGGAAUAUGGACGGCCCUGGCAAACCUUCUCUGGCGGACGUUUGUCCUCUCCUCUACACCAGUGUCAAGGUCAUGAACUCCACCCGAGUGCAUGAGGACACCAUCUUUCAGCUCCUCUUGACCGACACUCACGUGGUUCUUCUCCAGGAGGACGGUGUCUCUCACCCGGUGCCGCGGGGCUCCAGCCUGGUUCCUGCACAGCCACAGUUUCAGGGACUCGAACUCCACCAGCGGUCAGAGGUCAGACGGCUGAGGGUGGGUCAGCAGGACGGCUGCGUGGUGGUGGACGUGGUGUUUACAGCUGGAGACCAGAAGGUGGAGUCACGGCUCGGCUCGGUGGAGGCCUCCUCUGAUCACACUCCUCGGGGCAGCUCCUGGAACUUGUGCUUCGGUUGUAGCUCAGAAGCCGAGAUCUUCAUUAAUCAUCUUCGUUCCUGAGGCAGAAACUUCUUUCCUCUUUAAAACAAACGAUCAGUUAGUUUGUUCUACGAUGUUUAAAAUAAUCUACGAUCUGAACGUGAUGGAAUAUUUAAAACAAAUAAAAUGUUUCUGUGAAGUCGAUUGAGUUCAGACGUGUGUUGACCUUUGACCUCUGGAGUUUACUCUGACUCAAGAUGAAAGAAAAGAAACUCUUUGUUUUCAUGGAAGUUAAAUUAUUAUUUUUAUUCAUGAUUCUUUUUAAAACAACAAAUAUUGAUGAUUUGAAGAAAACGUGACUCAUCCUGUCUGAAAAUGAUCGGAAAUAAUAUCUGAUUAUUGAUGUUGAAUGAAUUAUUAGCAGGAUAAUAAAGAUUGAACUUGAA